CCCUCUCUCUUCAAGCAAUGCAGCAGUUUGAAUGAGAUUGAAGUUUGAGUAAUUAUUUUCUCAUUUUACUUCCUGUCGGCUUUUAUAGAAUGCCACAUAACCUAUAAAAAUUCAAUAUUUUUUAAAUACUGAGGCACAGAUUAAAUAACUUAGGUGAUAUGUAAAUACAUUCAAUUCAAUAAACAUUUUCGCAAAUCUAUAAAAAAGUGAAAGGUUAUAGUAUGAUUCGUUAUUUGGUUAUUGGUUAUUGGUUAUUUUUGUGUUCACCAUCGCUGUGUAUCUUAGUUUUAGACAAAUCUCCAACUAGUUGCUCAAUUAGGAAAAAAGAUUUUUGGAGCAAAGAGUGGCGGGCUAUUAACAAAAAGAAAAAUGUCGAAGUAAUUUUCAAUCCUUGUGAACCAUUACCUGAAUCAAUAUGUGGAAAAAAUAAACAAGUCUGUAUCAAGCAUAAUAAUACCUUGGUUUUCAGCGGUAAUAAAUUUGAUGGUGAAGAUGGAAAAAUCUCUCCUAAUGUCACCAGCAAUUCCAACUGCAGCUUGACAUUACUUUCGGAAUGUGCAGAAUACAUGCAGGUGGAACCGACUGUGCAGGAAAUUUCCUCUUGCAUAUAUGAAGUGAAAAUGAGGUCCACAGAUUGCAACAUAAGACCAUGUACAUUCUGGUUGAAUGACCAACUGAUCGACUUGGGACCUUUGAGAGGGAAACAAUUGGUUCAUUCAAAAAACUUUACUUUUAGCAUAGAUGUAUGCGAUACAAAUCCUGAUUGUGGAAAUUUUAAAGCAUCGGUUUGUGACAUAACUGACGAAAAAAAUAUUAUACCAUUAUCGUUGACCUCAACGACUGAACACUUCAGGUAUAACAAAGAAUUGAGCCAAAUUGAAAAGCAUGGAAAAUUCAAGGGAAAAAUACCCGGAAUUGGUAGAAGUGUUUCAAAAAUAUUUGAGUUAACAAUAAAAUGCGACUGGAGAUCGACUUCUAAAAUUCAUUAUAAAGAAGUUCAAACUCAAGGAAAAACUUUCAAGUUUGAAAUGGCUUCGCCUUAUGCCUGCAUUAAAGGACCACCAAACUGUGUAGUUCAUGAUAAAUUUUAUACAUUCAACUUAACUAAACUUCAUAAUAGUUUGGAUAAUUGGAAGGUGCGUAAUGUAAAGAAAGGGCAAAUAGUUUUGAAUAUGUGUGGACCAUUGCAACCAAUGCAACCUGUUGAAAAUAACUGUACAGGGUCGUUUUCCCAAGUGUGUGAAAUAAACGAAAAUGGAUAUAUAAAUAGGGGGAGCAUCCAAACUGAUCUUACUGUGGAAAAUAAUAUAAUAACAACAACAUUUAUAAGUGGUGACACUUGCAAAGGUGAUGAAACAUAUAGCACUCAUAUUGAAUUCAAAUGUUCUGAAACAGAAGAGAAUCCUUUUUUAAAUACUGUUUUAAAUAAAAGUGUUGACUGUAGAAUAUUUCUGGAUUGGAAUACACCUGCUGCCUGCCCUAUUAUUAAUAAAGAAAGCUGCAAGAAUAUUUCUCCUGUUUUUGUGAAUACUACUCUAGAAACUACCGACAGAAUUUAUGACUUGAGUAUGUUAUACAAAAAUAAUAGUAAAUAUACUCUUGAAGAUGAGGGGGUCGAGUAUAUGUUUAACAUUGGAGGACCUCAAACACUGCUCAGAAUCAUCAAGACAUUCUUGUUUUUCGUCAACAUUGAGCUCGCGCGGCACUCACUUUGA